AUGCCUACUCUCGUCGUUCUUGGCGCCGGCCUGUCUGGCCUGCCUGUGGCGCAUCACGCUCUCAAGCACACGGCCGCCCAGGUCGAGGAUAUGAAGGUCAUUCUGGUGACGCCCAAUGCAGAGCACUACUGGAACAUGGCUUCCGUCCGAGGCGUCGUCCCCGGCCAGUUCGGCGACGACGUCCUCUUCUACCCCAUCGAGCCCGAGCUGGCCCAGUACCCGAAGGAGCGCUGGGAGCUCGUCCUCGGCAAGGCCGAGACCCUCAACGACGACAAGAACAACGUCGUCAUCGCCCUCAACGACGGCUCCCGCCGCACCAUCCCCUACGACGCCAUCGUCAUCGCCACCGGCACCCGCGCCAAGGAGGGCAUGCCGUGGAAGGAGGUCGGGACCACCGAGGAGACGAAGGAGUCCCUGCACGGCGUGCGAAAGCUGCUCGCGGAUGCCAAGAGCAUCGUCGUCGCCGGCGGCGGCGUCACGGGCGCGGAGACGGCCGGCGAGAUCGGCUUCGAGUACGCCCAAAAGGGCGGCAAGGACGUCUACUUCGUCUACAACGACACGCUACCGCUCAGCCCGCCGUUCGUCGACAACGUCCGCAGGGCGGCACUCAACGAGCUCACCAAGCUCAAGGUGAAGCCGAUCCCCGAGACCAAGGUCACCGCGGUCAAGACCGAGGCCAAUGGGCAAAAGACGCUCGAGCUCACGACCAAGGACGGCAAGAAGACGACCAUGACGACUGACGCGUACGUGCCCACCGUCGGCUCGAUCCCCAACAGCUCCUUCCUGCCGUCCAACAUGCUGGACGCGACGGGCCACGUCAACCAGGACGCCAGCCUGCGCGCGCCUGGACACGAUAACAUCUUUGUAGUCGGCGACGUCGGCAACCUGGAAGGGGAGUACGGCCGCAUCGCAGACUUGCAGACGCAGCAUGUCGUCAAGAGCAUCCAGGCGCACUUCACCGGCGCGGCGAGGCCGGCGGACUACGUCGCGGACCCCAAGGUCCUCGCGGGCAUCACCAUCGGCCGCAGCAGGGCGACGGGACAGAUGGGCACGUGGAAGCUGCCCAGCAUCGCCAUCUGGCUGUUCAAGGGGCGGUACAUCGGCACCGACUACGCUAAGCAGCUUGUCGAGGGGAAGCGGACGCUGCAGGCCAAGAACUGGUGA